AUGCCUGACUUCAACAACGUCAAUCUGAUCCGGCACUUUCAGAUCCCACUCGCCAGAGCCGCUCUUACGCCGCAGAUUCAGCAAAGUCUAGUUAACAUGGACCGGAUCGAACUUGAGUCUGAGAAAAAGACCUCAUUCACUAUCUUUGCACGACCUCUCGGUGCUACACUUGAGGAGGCGCUGCGAACGAGGUCAAGUCUGACAGCGGGGACUCCCAUUCUGGAGCAGAUGAAGUCAAGCCCUUCGACACAUGCAGCAAGCCGAGAAGACACUCCCCAUACAGAUGCAUCAGAGGCAGCUCCUGGGCCACCAGCUGGUCAACCUACCUGCAGGAACACAUCCCCGCUGCGGCCUGUCAUUAGAGCCGUAGAACUUGCCUACCCAGCAACUCUUUUCAACCUCAAUAUCCUUCCGCUAACCAGCACUGCAAUCUCCUUGCCGGCUGACACAAUCAUUGAAGGAGCAAUUGUUGACGGAGCCGAUGGAAGCGCACCGGUCAUAGCUGCCUUCACCACACAGACCGGACACGUCAUCACCAGCUUCGGGCCAGGACAGGAUAUCAAGUCCAUUAGCUUCCGCGAAGUUGCAGGAAUCAGUGUCCAGAGAAGUCAUCCCAACCGAGACUACAAUAGCAUCGAAGUCACACUGAGGGUCAAUCGUUGUAGCCUUAUUAGGGGCAGCGAGUGCAGGCCAAGCAGCAAGCUAGAAUCUGCAAUCUCAGCUCCAAGCGACCACAGAACGACAGAAACGGCUGCAAAUAUGAUUACAGAUCUUGCUAGAACUGCUGCUUCUGCUAACACUGGUAUACCGCUGGCUGCAUCCGCCUCGUCCAAUGGCGGACCAUCAGCAACCACCAUAAAGGCCCACCGCAGGACCACGGCCUGCCCCCUCUCUGCUCCUGGUGGCCCUAGUCACUCUGGCGCUGGAUCCGGCGCGGCGGGACACUCCCCUCCUAGUAGUGGAAGCGGCCCUGCCCCAAAUGCAGCAGGAUUUUCACAGAACCUAGCAGCCCGCAGUGCCAUCGGCAGGGACACCACACUUUCGGAUGCCAUCUCUAAGGCAACAGACAUGGCAGACAGAAUAGCUGGGACUAGUACCAGCUUGCAAGAAGAAGAUAGUAGUGAACGACUCACAACAAGCCCACCUCUGCGGAUUUAG